AUGUCGUUACGGCAAUUAAGAAAGCGAUCGGACAGCCCGCAGGACCAGGAGCCAUCGUCAGGUGAAGAAUGUAAUUACCAGGAGGAGCUCGAUGCAUCCACGAACGACGAGACGCCAAUUGUAUUUCCAAAAAAGAUAAAGAAAAAAAGUGGCGGCAAAAAGUCGCUGAAGCCAUCAAAAUCUAAGAUAUCCGCAGAAAGUUGUCCGAUCUCCAAAGAGGCUCCUAAUCCUUGUGAAACAGGCUCCGGUCAGCCGUUUAUAGAUAGAAAGGUCCUUACAAUUGAUCGGAAACUACUUAACUAUGAGAAUGAAGAGCGCCGCAGAUUCGGGACAGGCGUUCAAAGAACACACUCGAGUGCCCGAAGCGGUCGCAGUACUGGAAUUCUCGUCCCACCGCGGCCGCAUUUUGAGCAUCUAUUGAUUCGUGCAGGCUCAGCUCUUGAUCUUGGCAUCGUGGACGAGGAUAAUGAUCAUCAAAAUGGUGCUUGUCUUCAGGAGGAAAACAAGCCAGAAUCCUGUGAUGUAAAAAGACAUGCCUCUAAAGCGAUGUGUGUGCGCAUGGUUCAUGGGCGGCGCGCUGUCGCUGCCGAAUAUACCAUGAUUGAAGCAGCAUCAAGUGGCCAUCCAGAGGCACUUGCUGAGUGUCUGCACAAAUGGCCCACACACCCGGGUACGCUCUUGUUACUUGCAUUGAGUGAAAAACAUGCGGGGCGGUUUGCCGAGGCCAUGGCGCGAGUCGAACAUGGUGCAGGCGCGCGUUUCCGUCCUGGAAUCCAUACGCUUUCAUAUUCCUAUUACGAGAACCGCAUCCUUUUUCUGUUGCUCUUUUUCUACGCAGAACUGAUCGGCCGUCGAGAUAUUCCCACUAAUUGUAGAUUGGAUUCUCCUCGUUGGCUCGAUCCAAUGGGUGCCGUCUUUUUGCUGGAUUUUUUCGCGUUGCAAGAAAAGGAGUAUCGCUGGAUUUUGGAGGAACUUCCACAAAUUUAUACGUUAAUUUGGGGACCAGAGUACACUGAGGUCGCUCGGUAUGUCCCAAAUAUCUUCUUUUCUGAAUCGCUUGCCUCGUUUCUUCUUCUUGAGGCUGUUGGGGAAAAGGAGAAAAAGGCUAAGACUAUGUCAGCAGUCGAAGGGGACAACAUUGCUGAAAAUGAUAGCAACCAGAGGGCGUCAAAAUAUGCAGAGACAUCGGCCAGGUUGCAGGAAGCUAUUCGACGCUUUCCUGCGCUUGCACAGGCGCUUGCAUUUGGAGAGGAAGCCGACACUAAUCUUGGAGCGCUGGAAAAGCUUUAUUUUGAACGGUGCUCAUCGCAAUGGCGGAUGCCAAAUGUCGCCCAAUGGCUUUACACAGCCAUGACCGAUGUUAACGAUGGAGCCGCCAGUUUUGGAUUAGGCGUUGGUGAGAUGGGACAAGCGUCACAGCAGAUCGAAGCCUUGUCCUUGAUGUCGCCCGAACAACAGUUGACCAUCUGCCGACAUGCAUAUCUUUCAGGUCUACCGCGGAAACAUUGGCCGCUUUCGGACUGGAUGCGUAAAGCACAGCUGGACGAGACAAUUUGGGCUUUUGAUCCCCUCCCACCGCUUGACACUAUCCAUCCGACACCCGUCGACACGUUCUUCAAUGGCGAGGAUGAUCAAGAAGAUGCAGACGAGCCCUCGUCUCUUUUCGCAUGGUUCACAUCCGCCCUGAGCAGCCUUAACCUCUACUAA